AUGGAGUCUACUGGCUCUCCCACCAAGAAGAGGGUAGCAACAUCCUUCUAUAUCUACGAAGAUGUCACCGCAGAGGCACACAAGCCUGCUCUGAAGCACACCCCCAGCGCGCUGCCUAUGCCACUCACCACUUCCAGAUUUGUGAACCAAAUGCCGAAAUUUUCUUCCGAGACCAAGCUCGAACGCACCCCUAUGGACGAUUUGCUUGCCAAGCUGAGUGAGCAGCAAGCCAACUUCAACCGUCAACAGUCCGCUGCCGCCGAGCUUUUCGAGACGGGCUCAUCGUCCUCUACGGACCCGUACGCUAAUACUCCACCCACCACUGAGGGCGAUGGCCGUCCAGAUGCUGCCGAGUUGCUCCGUCUCAAGAAGGAACUUCAGUUCGCUCAAGAGCGGAUGGCCCAGAUGGAUCUGCAGCUUUCUGGUCACUGCCAAGAUCGCAUCCCACAGCAAGACGUGUUCACUCAAUCGCAAAUUGCCCGCCACACUGUUGAACAAGCUAUCGGCUCGCCCUUCCCCACUGCCCAGCAUCUCGCCAUGAGCAUGGGUCCCAGCUUCACACCUGGUCCAUGGGUUCAAGCGUUUGGCAACGCUGGGCACGGUGGUGAUGGUGCAAUCUUCGAGCCCGCACCCAUGAUGCCAAGGCCACGCUCGGGCUUUCAGUCUCAGCCAGGCUACUCGAGAUCAAACACGCCCUUCGGCUAUGCUCAAAGCCCGAUGGGUGGCAACGGCAUGGUCCACAACAUGUCGUACCGUCACCCUCCACGCCCACGAUCUAGGUUGUCGCCUCAAGCGCAGGAGUUUGGCUUCAAUCAGUGGAACGGUCCAGGCAUGCAUCAACAACAACAGCCACCCACGACUUAUAUGAGCACUACUGAGCCUCUCAACUACCGUCGUCUGCUCGAUCGCAACAUGAGCUGCAACUGGCGCUACAUCGUUGACAAGAUUGUGUGCAACAACGACCAGCAAGCAUCCAUCUUCCUCCAGCAGAAGCUCAAGGUGGGCACGAUCGAUCAGAAAUUCGAGAUCGUCCAAGCUAUCAUCGACCAGGCGUAUGCUCUCAUGGUCAAUCGCUUUGGCAACUUCCUCGUUCAACGCUGCUUCGAGCACGGCACUCCCGAGCAGAUCGUCUCUAUUGCUCAAGCCAUCCGCGGUCACACCCUCAAUCUGAGUAUGGACGCUUUCGGCUGCCAUGUCGUCCAGAAGGCAUUCGACAGUGUCCCCGAGGAGUACAAGGCGAUCAUGGUGCACGAGUUGCUUCGCCGCAUCCCAGAGACCGUCAUCCAUCGCUACGCAUGCCACGUCUGGCAGAAGCUUUUCGAGCUUCGCUGGAGCGACUCGCCACCUCAGAUCAUGAAGCACGUCAACGAAGCUCUACGUGGAAUGUGGCACGAGGUGGCGUUGGGCGAGACCGGCAGUCUUGUCGUCCAGAACAUCUUCGAGAAUUGUCUCGAGGAGGACAAGCGUCCGUGCGUCAAUGAGGUCCUGUCCAGCAUUGAUGUUGUCGCUCACGGCCAAUUCGGCAACUGGUGCAUCCAGCACAUCUGCGAGCACGGCUCCAUUCCAGAUCGUACCCGUGCCAUCGAUCACAUCCUGCGCUUUGCCACGGAGUACAGCAUGGAUCAGUUUGCCUCCAAGGUCGUCGAGAAGUGUCUCAAGGUCGGUGGUAACGACUUCCUCGACCGCUAUCUCGAGCGUGUUUGUGAGGCCAACCCUGACCGCCCUCGCAUGCCUCUGGUUAAUAUCGCUGGCGAUCAAUUCGGCAACUACCUCAUCCAGUACAUUCUCACCCAGGGAGAUCCCGAGCGUCGCGAGAUUGUCGGUGCUCACAUUCGCAAGCACAUGGUCUCACUCCGCGGCUCCAAGUACGGCUCACGUGUCGCCAUGCUCUGCUGCAAUCCAGCAUAUGCGACUCGUCCCGGGCCACCCACCAGCCUACCACCAAGUCGCAGCAACAGCCGCUACAGCGACUACUUUGGUCCUCCCGAGCUCACCCGUACGUACAGCAACGAGCGCCAAUUCGGUCCCGUUGGCCGCAACAACUACGCUGGCUACCGCUAG